CCAUGCAAAGUGCAAUACCAAUGAGUACAUUGGAAUUCCUUCACACAUUAAAACAAUAGAUGAGGAUGGCAACUGUUUCUUUCGUGCAAUUUCAUAUGCUAUUUCUGGAACUGAAUGUCAUCAUGUGUUUUUAAGGAAUCUUACUGUGAACCAUUUAUUACAGACCAAUGAUAAGUUUAAGAGUACAUUGAGAAGUGAGUUCAGAACUGUCAGAGAAUAUGUUUUGAAAAAUAGAAUAAUGGAAAAUGGAACUUGGGCUACAGACACUGAAAUGAGUGCAUUGGCAAAUUUGAUUGAUACCGAUAUCUAUUCUUACAAUGAUCAAGUACCAUGUUGGCAGUUGUACUCUGCAAGGAAACCGGGAAGAAUAAAUGUUGUUACAUCUCAUAAAGGCAUUUAUAUACAAUACACAAGAAAUGUUCAUUUUAAUGUAGUUGAAUCCGUUACUUCUGUCAGUAGUGAUUUAUCAAAGAACAUAGCAACAAUGAAAGAUAUAAACACAACAGUAAAUAUGCAAAUAAAACCAGUUGCACAAGGAACAUUUCAUCAAGGUGACAUGAGAUUUGGUGAUUCAGCAGGAAAGCAAUGUGUUGCCAAUUCAUUGUCUGCUUUGUUGUAUAGCAAAAUGAAAAAUGCUAAUGAUUGGGACAAUAAAGAUUUAGAUAAAAUUCUGGCCAAUGGUGAUGAACUCUAUCGUUACAUAAGGUAUUAUGUAGCACGUGAACAAGAAUAUUUAUUAAUUUCUGAUCUACUUGAACACUUAGAGGCAUAUGAUGAAUUGUUUGAGAUAAAACGACGUGAAUCAAUACCUGGAUUGUUAGGAGAUGAAACAACAAUGGAAGAAUCUAUUUCAAUGCCGUUGAAACAGGCACUUGAACAAGAAUUGAGUAGUGACUCUGAUGCAUGUUUUGUGACAUUUUCUGGAAAUACUUUUAUUGUCAUAUCUAGUUAUGAUUGUUUCUUUAUAUUUGAUUCACAUUCAAGAAACACAAGAGGCUUACUCAUUGAUGAUGGCUAUAGUGUAGUGCUUCAAACUCCAAGUUGGCAAGGUGUUUAUAAUCAUUGCAUGAGGCUGGCAAAAACAUUGAAAUGUUCUUCACGAACUGAAUAUGAGGAAGUGAGGAAUAUCAUCUUAUCAUUAGACAAGCUAUCCUUACACAUCUCAUGGAAAAUGAAGAUAGGUUUGUUGGAUUCUUGAGAAUGGGUUACUCUAGUAUUUCACACUAUGUGUCAAGUAAUGAUAUGGAGGAAAAUGGUACAUGGGCAACUGAAAUGGAAAUUAUGGUUUUAGCUAAUUUGAUUGAAACUGACAUUUAUGUAUAUGAUGAAGACCGGUUAAAGUGGAGUCUAUUUUCUGGUAAAAAUGUUCAAAUAGGAAAAGAAACAACUACGUAUGGUGUUUAUUUAAGAAAUACUCAUGGCAUCCAUUAUGAUGUUGUUAUGUCAGUGCAAUCAUGUGAUUCUAGUUUUUCAUGUAAUGAAACCACAAAUAUAAGUAGCAGUGCAAAUGACAAAGAAAGAAAAUAUGCUAGAGUAAACAAUGUUAAAAUAUCUGAUUUAUCAAUGAAAAGACGUAGAAGUAAGAGAAGUUAUAGUGUAAAGAAGGAUAUAAAAAAGAAACAAAAAAGAGAAGAGCGGAGUUUUAAGAAAAAAAAAGAUAUGGAUAUAGAAAAGCUUCUUAAUUAUGAGGAUUUGAAGAUAACGAAAAAAUAUGAGGAUGCUGGAAAAAGGCCGAAAAUGACUUAUGAUUGCAACAAAAAAUAUCAUACUGAUUCAAUUUAUCGAAUAACACUUUACAAUUUGUUGAAUGAAAAGUAUAGAUUAAAUAAAGUAUUUCGUGAAAAUAGGAAAGAAACAACAAGAAAAUGCUAUCAGACAAAUGAAGAACUUAAGCAAUCACAGAAGAGUAAGAUGAGAAAUACCAUGAGAAGUAAAUAUCACUCUGAUGAACAGUUUAAGCAAUCACAGAAGAGUAGGAUGAAAAAUACUAUGAAAAGUAAAUAUCACUCUGAUGAACAGUUUAAGCAGUCACAGAAGAGUAGGAUGAAAAAUACUAUGAAAAGUAAAUAUCACUCUGAUGAACAGUUUAAGCAGUCACACAAAAAUAAGAUAAGAAAUAAAUAUCAGUCUGAUGAACACUUCCAGCAGUCACACAAAAAUAAAAUAAGAAAUAAAUAUCAGUCUGAUGAACAGUUCCAGCAGUCACACAAAAAUAAAAUAAGAAAUAAAUAUCAGUCUGAUGAACAGUUCCAGCAGUCAUACAAAAAUAAAAUAAGAAAUAAAUAUCAGUCUGAUGAACAGUUCCAGCAGCCACACAAAAAUACAAUGAGAAAUAAAUAUCAGAAAGAUUAUAGUUUUAAACAAAGAAAAUUGCUGAGUUUAAAAAGUAAGUACCAAAAAAACAAUAGCUAUAGAGAACAAGUAAAAAAACACAACAUUAAGAGAAAUGUAAAGAAAGAAUUGGAAAUGUCUCAGUUUGACAAUGUUUUGCAAGAAUUUCAGAAGAUUAUAAGUCAUGGCCCAGAAUAUGUUUGCUGUGUGUGCCUUAAACUUCUUUUUGAAAACCAAGUUAUGAAAUGCAAUAAAAGUAAAUAUAAAUUACAGACAUGUAUCAGUGAAAAGUAUUUGCAUGUUUGCAACUCAACAUGUCAACUAGAAUGCCAGAUAGGCCAAUCAGUGAGAUCAUCCCUGUGGAUAUGUUACACUUGUCAUAGAAAGUUACAAUGUGGAAAGGUCCCGGCAGAAGCACAUACUAAUAAUUUGCAUUUACAUGACAUUCCAGAAGAACUGGCUAAUUUAAACACUCUAGAGCAACACUUGAUUGCACUUAAUAUUCCUUUCAUGAAAAUGAUGUCAUUACCGAAAGGUGGUCAAAAUGGAGUUCAUGGCCCAGUUGUUUGUGUUCCUUCAAAUACCAUUCAAACUGUACAGAUAUUGCCUAGACAUGAGACAGAAGAUCAGCUGAUACGUGUAAAGUUGAAAAGGAAGUUGUCUUUUAAAAGUUAUUAUGAGUAUAAGUUUGUAGAUAAAUCGAAAUUAUUGAAUGCAUUAAGUUAUUUGAAAAUGAAUAAUAAGUAUUAUCGUGAUGUUUUAGUUAAUGAUGAAUGGGAAAAUUCAAUGGAAAAGAAUGAAGAAGAAAAUGAAAGUGAAGAAGUAUCAUCAGUGUGUGAUAUAUCUAAUUUAAAGAAAUUUAGGAGAAGAAUUUUGGAUUGUUUAGAUGAAUACUUCCCAAAAGAUGUUGAAAGUUCACAUGGAAAAAAGAAAGAAAACAGUGUUUCAGUCAAUAAUAAACCAAAUGAUGAAGAUGAUGAUGAUGUUGAAGAAAGAUUAAAUGGGAUUCACUUAAAUUCAUGUUUGCAACCAGCUGACAUUGGACAGGAAAUUUUAGAUCAGUAUUUUGACGAUAUAAUAUGUUGUGCUCCAUGUGAAGGAAAAAGCCCUGUAUCAGUAUUGCAAGAUGAAACCAAUGAGGCCAAAUGUUUUCCUGUAUUGUUUCCUCAAGGUCAGCCUACUUUUCAUGAUAAAAGAAAUGAAAAGCUAACAUUGGGACGAUAUUUACACAAUCGACUAAUGCAUGUUGAUAACAGGUUCGCACAAAAUACAGACUUUAUCUUUUAUGCACAGUAUAUUUAUGAAAUUCAACAAGUUUUGUCGCAAGUUUCUAUUGCAUUGAGACAAAGUAAGAAUACCAAAGAUAACCUUUCACCGAUAACUGCCAAGGAUUUGAAAGAUGCAGAAAAAAUUCAGAAUAUUUUAAAAGCAGACAAAGGAUAUAAAUUUUUAAAACAAAUUCGUGGAACACCUCCUUACUGGCAAAAGACACAAAAAGAUGUAUUGGCAAUGGUAAGGCAACUUGGAAAACCUACAUGGUUUGCUUCAUUUUCAUGUGCAGAUAUGAGAUGGCCAGAAUUAUUAAAUACUUUCUUAUGUCAGAUUGGAGACUCAAGAAAAUUGAGUGAAUUAGAUUGGGCAGAUAAGUGUAAACUUAUAAGAUCAAAUCCAGUAACCGUUGCACGAAUGUUUGAUCAUAGAUUCCAUAUGUUUAUGAAUAAAGUCAUUAUGUCUACAGCUGCACCAGUAGGUCGUUGCAUAGACUAUAUUACAAGAAUCGAGUUUCAGAGUCGCGGAAGUAGUCACGUACAUUUAUUGAUGUGGGUAGAACAAGCACCGCAAUUAGGAAUUGAUAAAGACGAUGAUGUUAUACAAUUUAUAGAUAAAUACAUUUCUUGCCGGAAACCUGAUAAGGAAGAAGAUCCAGAACUGUAUGAAAUAGUUAGCUCUGUACAACAGCAUAGUAAAAAACAUUCUAAAUCAUGCAAAAAGAAAGGAACUACAUGUAGGUUUAAUUUUCCAAGGCCACCUUCAGAGAAAACCUUUAUCAUAAAACCUGUUGAGGAUACAGAAGUGAAAGAUAAAAAAACAAAACAAAAAAAUAAAAAUGAGACCGAGGGGAAAAAAUCUGAAAAAACAAGGAGGAUAGAAGAUGCAAAACAAUUAUUGAAUAGUGUAAAAGAUGCAUUAUCUGGUGGGACUGAAUAUAACAGUGUCAGAGAUCUUUUUGAAAAAUUGGGUAUAACACAAAACCAGUUUGAAAGUGCACACAACGAGAUUGCUUCACAGGAAAGUGUGAUCAUCCAAAGAGAACCACAAGAUGUAUGGGUAAAUCAAUAUAAUCCACAAUUACUUAGAGCUUGGAAUGCAAAUAUGGAUUUGCAAUAUGUUACUAAUGCAUAUGCCUGUGUAGCUUACAUUGUGUCUUAUAUGUCUAAGGCCGAACGUGAAAUGGGAAUGCUUUUGAGUCAUACCUUAUCGGAAAUGGAAGAAGGAAAUACAGAUGCAAAACAAAGUAUGAAAAAACUAGGUCAAGCUUACAUGCAUAAUCGCGAAGUGUCCGCUCAAGAAAGUGUCUAUCGUGUUUGUAGUCUUCGAUUAAAAGAGAGCUCUAGAAAAGUAGAAUUCAUACCUGUUGGACCUGAUCCAGUUAGAAUGAGUUUACCAUUAAGUGUCAUUAAUAACAGACCAGAAUGUGAUGAUGAUGAAGAUAAUAUCUGGAUGCCAAGCAAACUUGACAGAUAUAAAGCCAGACCUAAAACCAAAAGAUUUAGUGCCAUGUGUCUUGCAACGUUUUGUUCGGAAUAUCGAAUUUUAACAAAAUCACAAAUUACAAAUACAUGCAAAGAAAAUAUCUUUAAAUUGGAUGAAAAUUUGGGAUAUGUUCAAAAACGUACACGUGGAAAAGAUGCAGUUGUAAGAUACCCUCGAUUUUCUGUUGUUGUUUCACCUGAAAAGUAUUUCCUUAGCAUCUUACAGCUCUUUUUUCCACACUAUGAUGAUGAACAUCUAAAGCCUCCAGGUUUUGAGUCAUAUCAGAAUUUCUAUGAAACAGGUGUUGUGAAGAUACACGGCUCAGUACAAAAAGUUAGUUUGAUUGUCUGCACAAAUCGAAAGAAAUUUGAAAUAAAUGCUGAAUCAAUAGAUCAAGCUCAAGCACAUUUAGAAGAAUUUGGUGUACAGGAAGAUGCCUGGAGUCUUUUAUGUCCUGAAAGUGAAGUAGAACGCCUUGAGCAUCCAAAACAAAACAUAGAUCUGGAAGAUUGUGAUGAAAAUCUUGAUAUUCCUGAUUUGAAAAAUGAUUCUAAAUCAGAAAAUUACAGUUUAGAAUUACGGUCAUCAAAAAUAUCUAAAACAGAAAGACAUUGUAUGAUAAGAAAUUUGAAUGAAACACAAAUGCUUGUCUUUUAUAAAAUACGAGAAUGGUGUUUAAAUAAAGUUAAUGGAAAAAUGAUAGAACCUUUUCAUGUAUUUAUUACUGGUGGUGCUGGAACAGGAAAGAGUCAUCUAGUCAAAUGUCUUUAUUAUGAAUCUACUCGUAUACUGGCCAGAAUGUUACAUUAUCCUGACGAUAUUUCAGUGUUAAAAAUAGCCCCUACAGGUGUAGCAGCUUAUAAUAUCAAUGGUCAUACUAUUCACAGUAUCUUGUCAAUUCCAAUUAGAGCUCAAAUGCCUUAUCAGCCGCUAAGUGAAGAGAAAAUAAGUGCUCUCAGAAAUAAACUGGCACAGUUGCAAAUUCUUAUUAUUGAUGAGGUAUCAAUGGUAGACCAGAAGUUACUGUAUUAUAUUCAUAGUCGUCUACGACAAAUCAAACAAUCUCGAGAUGAAACUCCUUUUGGUGGUGUAUCUGUAAUUGCUGUUGGAGAUAUGUAUCAGUUACCACCUGUGUUUGGAAAUCCUUUAUAUAAAGAUAGUCUUCAAGGGGUAUUAUGGAAUGAUAAUUUCAAAACAAUAGAACUACAACAGAUAAUGAGACAAAAGGAUGAUACAGAAUUUGCACUUUUAUUGAAUAGAUUACGUAUAAAAGAACGUGAUGAUGUUCUUAAUGAUAGAGACUUAUCAAUGCUAAAAUCUUGUGAAACAGGUGAAGAAUGUGAGGAUGCUUUGCACAUUUAUUCAUGUAACAAAGAAGUAGAUGAAUGGAAUAAGAAAUUAUUGCAUAAAAAAUGUGCUAAUGUAAUUUGUUUAAAAGCAGAAGACACUGAGAAAGAUGCAAAGAAUGGAAGUAAAAUUCGUGAAAAUCCCGUCACACGUUGUAAAAGCCAGCUACCUAAUUAUUUGUGGAUUGCUGUUAAUGCAAGGGUCAUGUUACUUAAAAAUAUUGAUGUUAGCAAAGGUCUUACAAAUGGGUGUUUUGGAAAUGUUACUGAAAUAAUCAAAUCAAAUUCUAAAACAAUUUGCAUCAAAGUACACUUUGACAGAGAAAAUGUUGGUAUUCAUUCUAUUGAACGAUGUGAAGAAUUUUUGGGUAAAAAAUAUGCAAGGAAACAGUUUCCACUUAAACUUGCUUACGCAUGUACAAUACAUAAAGUACAGGGUUUGACGUUAGACAAAGCUGUUGUAUCAUUGAAAAGAAUAUUUGACUCUGGACAAGCAUAUGUAGGCCUUAGUCGUGUUUCUUCAUUAUCUGGACUUACAUUGGAGAAUUUCAAACCACAAAAUAUACAUUGUAAUCCUGAAAUCAAAGAAAGAAUGAAAAACAUGAAAGUAUUCAUUGAAAACGUUGAGAAUGAAAAUGAUGAUAACUAUAACUUUACAUUGAUUUUACACAAUAUACAAGGAUUAAAACAACAUUUCAUAGAUCUUCAGUCACAGUGUCAAUUUAUGAAUGCAGACAUCAUUUGUUUGACUGAAACGUGGAUUAAUGAUGACGACAUCUGUGAUGUUAAUAUACAAGAUUUUAAAUUUUAUCAUCAGCCACGCCAUCAUUCAUACAAUGAAUCUGGUAUAUUAAACAAAUUUAAAGACCAAUCACAUGGUGGUGUUGGAAUUUACACUAAAAAGCAAACUUCAAGUAGAUUAGAUAUAUGUAUAGAUAAUUUAGAAUUUAUUGCAACUGUUAUUACUGAUCCAAUUUCAAUUGUUAUUUCAGUGGUAUAUCGACCUCCAUCUUACAAUAUAACAUCGUUUUGUGAAAGUUUACGUACUUUAUUAGACAAACUAAGUAAACAAACCACAAAAUGCAUUAUUACAGGCGAUUUUAAUGAAGAUUUAUUAAAAGGAACUUCAAAAAUACACCAGUUAAUGUGUUUACAUGGUUACACACAACAUGUUGUGAAUGCUACAACAGAAAAUGGAACAUUGAUAGAUCAUGUUUAUAGUAUAGGAUUGGAUUCAUUGAAAACGGAAAUCAUACCAAUGUAUUAUAGUUAUCAUGAAGGAAUUAAAGUAAUGUUUUAGUAUAUUAAAUAAGAUAAAUAUUCCAAGAUGAAAGAUAAUUGACUGAUGGGCAUCUACGAAGGGGUAAUUAUAUUCCUUGUUUAAUUGGUAACAAUAAUUUGUAAUCUGUGAUGCACAAAAGAUGAUGAUUUUAAAGACAUUUUAAAUAACAUUGUCAUCAGACCAUCCAUCGAUACAACUGUAUUUUUCAAAUUUUUGCAAUUUGUUUUAUUUGUGAUAAAAAUAUACACAAAUCAUAGGUGAUGUAAUCUAAAAUUUUCACAUAUUGAACGAUCAUAGAUUAUAAUGAAUGAAUCUUUAUAUAUAAAGAUGAAUUGCAGAAACUGUAUGGAGUCUUAAAGGCAGGGGAAAUGGGCAGAGUAUGGGGAGAGGACCUCUAAGUACUU